CUUAGAAAAUUUGAAAUUUUCAAAACACAGAGCUGAGAGAGGAAAAACUGAAAGAAGACGAGUAAGCGACGGGAGAGAUGAAGAAAAGCGGCGGAAGCGGAAGCGGAAGCGGAAGUCGAACCCGGAGAUGCUUAACCGCAAACUUUCUGGAAACGCGGUUGCAAUUUCCAGUGGCUUCUUCCCCUGCAAACCAACCGUCACCGAAAUCACCAAUUUUCAAUACCAGCAGCAGGCGCAAGAGGGCUGCCGACGCUGCCGGAGGAGGAGCCUCAGCCUCUGUUGCGGUGGCGCUCAUGGAAUCCCCCAAAAGUAACGCUUUAGCUUCGAUUUCUGAUCUCAAGCACCUCGCCUCCUCUCGUCUCCGCGAUCUCAAGCUCCACGUCGACAGAUCCCACUCUGAGAUCCUCAAGGAUUUUGAUUCCUCUCAAUCUCGCCUCCACAAGCGAUUCAAGAUCCAGAGCCAGGCAUGCCAACAAGUGUUGGAUGAAGCAGAUAAGGAAUACAAGAAGAUGACCCAAAGGAUUACUGAAAGUCGGGAAGCAAUGGCGGCUUCGUAUGCAGAGUUCAUGGCAGAUGCACAGACCACCGCUUCUCGUGCUUGCAAAACAUCAAUCGCUGAGCUUUCGCAGUCCUUUGAGAAACAAAUUGAUGCUCUUCGCAGCCGUUAUGGCAUUCAAACAAAUUAGCAAUCAAUUGUCCUUGCAAUAUUAUCUACUGAAAACCUUAGCUUGCAAAACAUCAAUCGCUGAGCUUUCACAGUCCUUUGAGAAACAAAUCGAUGCUCUUUGCAGCCGUUAUGGCAUUUCAACAAAUUAGCAAUCAAUUGUCCUUGCAAUAUGAUCUACUGAAAGCCUUAGGUGACUGUUCUACUUUUUAAAAUUGUUUACUGCUGGUGGGAUAAUUCAGUUUUAUGUGUUUUUAAGCGUCUGAUUACGCUGUUUUGUUUUGCUGCAUAUGCUGUACAUAAAUUUACAUUCAUUACAACCUGUACUAGGUUUGAGAAAGAAAAAAAGAGGAGAGAAAGGUUGUCAGUUGUAAAGUAUCGGAUGUAUGCUCGUGAUGGGAUAUUAAUAAAUUGCUAGAACAAGGGAGACAUCUUUUAAUGUA